AUGAUCAACCCAGAUGACCAUAUUCCGCUGCGCACCGAGAAGACCUCCAUGACAUCAUGCUGCUCCUUGGGGGGGGAGGUGCCGCGCCGCCCGAAGGACUCCAACCGUAAUGGUCGUCAUCUCGCUGCCCUUCAGAGCCCCUACACGCAUCCGCUUGACUACCUAUCCGGAGGCACGUCCGGAGCCGGUGGUCCAGCAGGCGAAGCUUUGCCCUCACCAGCACAAGCAGCUGCUCCGCAGCUCCCGCUAACUGAUUCGGACAUAGGGCAGGGACCACAGCAGCUACAGCCGCAGCAGCUACAGCCGCAGCAACGAUGGCACCAGGUACAUCCAUGUCCCCAGCAGCGGCAGCUGGCUAUGCGGGCAAUCUUGAGGAGUCGUAACGCCAACAUGGCCUCGAUGAGUCAUGCUCUCAACGCCAACACCAGCUGCUCCAUUGGAGCGACUCACGUCACUGACAGCGGCAACGCUGCCGUUGCCAAUGGCAACGCCCCCACAACCCCCUCCGCGAUAGGCAGCGGCACAAGUGUAGCCACGGCACAUGAGCUGGAAGGUGUCAGUGGCCCCGAAACCAGCGUUUUCCCCGAGGCGGCCGCCACGGUCGCGGCAACGGCGAGCGGCGGUGCGCCCCACCUUCGAUGGUUUCGGAGACCUUCCGAGGGCGAGCAAGAAGAUGGAAAGGAAACGGAGGAGCCGCCGUGCAAGAGCGCGCGCAGCAGUGGCGAGUUCCAUUCAGCACCGUGGCCGCAAAGUGCCAGUGGUCGCACGUCGUUUGACCCAUGGGUCACAAUGGACCCCAUGGGCGUAACGGACCCACGGGUCACACCGGUCACAGCUGACGAGUCUUUUGUUUCGGCAUCGGCGUCAUCUCGCGGGGAGUUAGUUUUUGCUGGCUCCAAAACCCCCCUGUGGGAAGGGGUUGGUGACAGCCGGGCAGGCGGCCGGCAGCAGCCGCAGCAGCUACAGCAGCAGUUGGAGAGGCACCGGCAGCAGCAGCAACGGCAGCUACAGCAGCGGUGCCAAGUGGAAGGAUGUUUCGAAGAGGGCACUGUUAAAGUGUUGCGCCCGCCAAAGGCAGAGGGAGAAGAGGAGGAUGGGGGAAAAGCGGAGGAUGGGGGAAAAGCGGAGGACGAGGUUGCUGAGAAAUCCUGGAUGGAGCUGGAUGACGCAGAUGACGACCCUCACUCGCACCUUCAUGGGGCUGCGGACACGUCCACGUCGACGUCUGCUGAGGUGGAGGUGGAGGUGGAGGUGGAGAUGCCCUGGGGCGAGCUGGGUUGCGACGCGGUGGUGUGUAUCGCCAUGCAGCUGCCUCAGCAGGCAUCCCAGGUCCAAGCCAUGGCGGCGGUGUGUCGAGGCUGGCGCGGCGCACUGCUGGCCCACACACCCCUCCUUCGCAGAAUCGCAUUCUCCCUCGACCUCACCUGCCCCUUCGGCCGCGUUAAGCCUGACAGCCCAACAAGGCAAGCGCAGCAGCAGCCGCAGGGCACCGUAUCGGUGUUCCGUACCUUCACCACUGCCACUGCCGAGACGGAAGGAACCGCCGCCGCCGCCGCUGCCGCCGGCGGCGGCGGCGGCACAAAGGUUGCACUCGCGGCUGCGGCAGGGCGCUACGCGCCCACAGCUGCUCCGCUAGAGAUGCCGCCAAUCCCCGCUAACAUAGCCAGUACAGCAGAUGGGGCCGGCGGCCCAUCGGCGGCCCUGAAUGGUCGUUCGAAUGGUGGUUCGAAUGGCCGUACCAGUAGUGGAGGAGGAGGAUUCUCGUCCCAUCAGCUUUCCUCGUCCUGUAGCCACCCUGCCGCCGGCCGUAGCCAUAGGGCCUUGGGCGGUUCGUUCGGCGGCGCCAGCGCCGCUGCCAGGACCCGCGGCGACGGCGGCGGAAGCGGCGCGUUGCGGCUGCUGUCAUGUCGUACACCAGUGGACGAGCAGGAUGUUCUGGCGACUGCCAUGUCGAAGCAGCACGCCGCGGGGGCCUUUCUGCUUCCAUCCCACGGCUCCAUUACACAGCAGCAGCAACAGCAGCAGCAACAGCAACAGCAGGAAGCGCGAAGCGGCGCAGAGAGUUCAUGGCGGCAUGAAAAACACGCCCAGGCCUUGCCAGCGGCGGCGGCUGUGACGACAGACGGCUCUCCACUGCCGCCGCCGCCGCCGCCACUGCCACUGCUGCUGCGAAGGGAGGGGACUUCGCCCGGGACGCCGCCGCUGCCGCGGCUGCUGUUGGCGGCGGCCCAGGCCUCCAAUCCCAGCGCUCAGCUGGUGCUAGCACAACUGCUGGAGGCCUCCGACGACCCUCGUGGUGCGCUUCGUUGGUGGCGGAAGUUGGCCCAGUGGGGUGAUGUGAUGGCCAUGUUCAAACUGGGUACGGCGGCGUACGACGGCUCGCACGGUAUGCAGCCUGACCCUGAGGCCGCUCACUUGUGGCUGGGCCGCACAGUUCGCUCCAUAAUGAACGUCGACCACCUCUCUGCCAUCUGCAUGGACGGACACCAAGGAGGCUGUGCGGCGGCGGCGGGGGCUAUUACUGCGGCUGCUACUGCUGCCGCUUCCUACUCAGAAGAAGCUGCAGCUGCUUUGCCAUCGGUUACGAAUGUCAGCACGAAUCGGUUGUCAAGGCCGCAAAGUAGAUUGCCGGGGGCUCGAAUCGGCCCUGCGCUGAAGGCGAUGGUGUCAGCUCUGGACGCGCCGCGGCUGCACAUGCUGGGCUGGAGCUCCAUCGUGUUAGGCUAUCUGGAGUUCGACGGUGUGGCCGGGAGGUCCGUGUGGGGCAUGGGCGACCGCUCCGAGGCUGUACGGCUGUUUCGACUCGCGGAGGCAUGCGGCCGGACGGAGGCCUCCGCAGUGCUGGGCUGGCUCUACAACACCGGACAGUACUGA